UUAAACCGAAGAAGCAGCAGCAGCACUCGGUGUCCGACCGUUGGUCUCAUCGCAUCCAGUCUCAUCCAGGCUAGGCUCUUCAGCUAAAUAAGAGACGCCACACAUUGCAAUGCUUACACCGUCAAUCUCUUCUUUCCCAGUAGACACGCCGGAGCUGCAAUGAAGGCAGGGGCCUCGUCCAUGUGGGCUUCAUGCUGUGGUCUGCUGAAUGAAGUCAUGGGUACAGGGGCCGUCAGAGGCCAGCAGCCAGGGUUUGGGGCCGGUGCUGGACCCUUCAGAUUUGCCCCCAGUGCGGGAUACUCCACAUACCCCCCCACCAGCUCAGGGAGUCCCAGUCUUGUAUGCAAGGCCUGUGGUCAGGCCUUCUCAGUCUUCAGGAGGAAGUAUAUUUGCUGCGACUGCAAGAAGAGCUUCUGCUCUCUGUGCUCCGUGCUUCAGGAGAAUCUCCGCAUUUGUGCCACAUGUCAUUUGCUGAAGGCCACGGCGUUUCAGCGGCCACGGCUCAUGCGUCUGCGAGUAAAGGAUCUGCGUCAGUACUUGAUGCUGCAUAACAUCCCCACUGACACCUGCAGGGAAAAAGAAGACCUGGUGGACUUGGUGCUCUGUCACCAAGGCAUUGAGGAAGAGGAGGAUGGCGACACAGCCAGCCUCCACUCCCGUUCCUUGUAUACACCAACCCCUUCGACCACACAGUCUGCCUCGGAGCUGUCUGCUUUCGCUGCCUCUCAGGAGGAACCGCUCAGCAGGAGUGAUAGCUCUGAUACCAACCAGGAUAUAGGUGACGCUACAUCAGUGUCUCUCCUUAACUUGGACCCCAGUGAACACACUCCUGAGGUGAGUCCGCAGACACGACGCCGGGCCAGAGCGUCCCUCUCGGACAUCUCCAGUUUGAGGGAUAUUGAGGGCCUGUCUGUCAGGCAACUGAAGGAGAUCCUGGCCAGGAAUUUUGUCAACUAUUCAGGGUGCUGUGAGAAGUGGGAGCUGGUGGAGCGUGUCAGCAGGCUGUACAGAGAGACGGAGGAGAACAGGAAAUCAUUGGAAAAUGUGAGCAGUACUGUAACCACAGUGAUGGCCUUCCCCCCUCCUAUCUGCAAUGGUGCCAUCGGAGAUGGUGAGAACUGUCCACUGACGAUUCAUGACGACAACCUCUGCAGGAUCUGCAUGGAUGCUGUGAUCGACUGCGUUCUCCUGGAAUGUGGUCACAUGGUCACCUGCACCAAGUGUGGCAAGAGGAUGAACGAAUGCCCAAUCUGCAGGCAGUACGUCGUGAGGGCCGUGCACGUCUUCAAAUCCUAAUGCACCACUGCAGCACCACUGCACCUGCUUCAGACUGAGACUGUACCUUAACUCAGCAAUGCCGCUCACCACCGUCGACUCCCCAAAAGACUUACUUUGUGGAUGUUUGCAUUCCCUUGAUUCUCACAUUAUUUGCACAUUGAAGUAUGAGAAAUGUGUUUUUCUUAAGAAUUUGACUAUUUGGUUUCACCGGUGGGCAGAGUGAAGGACCGUACCAUCUUACGAGUCAUUCCUCAACUUAACAUAUCUCUUAUCUGCAUUCUGUCUUAACUGUCUGUUUUAUUUUUCUUACAGUUUUUCAAAGCAAAGAAUGUGUGGCACAAGCCACGUGCAGUCUUGUUAAACACAACACGUCACCCUCAGAUCUGCCUAUAAACUGUAGCUGGUACUCGGCUCUGCUGGGUAUUCUUUAAGAGCACCUCUCUUUACAACUGCUGCAAGUGACUACAUAUCUUAAUAACAUCGGGGGCAGACACAUACUGAACCUCAACAGGAGAGAGGAGGCGAGUGAACUAGGUGCCAAAUAAUGGGUCAUGCCCUGAUUCUUCUCACCCAUUUUUUCCCCUCAGCUGUGGAGUACAAUGUGUGGCUGUUGAUUCUUCAGCAUGUUAGAUCAGAAAGCACUUUGUUCACACUGGGUGUUAAUGCACCACUGCUCACAUCCCACUUCAAGCAAUGACGAGUAAUAGCGGUUGAGGUAAUGUGUGCUUGUUCUUGAAUGCUUCACUGAUUCCACUACCUUUGUUUAAUCAGAGGAAAAGGCUAAUUAGAAAUCCUUUAGCUUGUGUUUCCUUUUGAAGUUUCAGCUCACAGGUGCUCUGCCAUUGUGAUUUAAAGAUUUUGGUGAUUGACCAUUGUGAUUUAUGAGAGUUGAAUUAAAUUAAUUAUAUUGACUUAUUUUGCUAUUUAUGCACUUACUGUAACGCAUUAAGCGUUUAAAUGAUCGUAUAAAGUCUGUCAUUACAGCAAUAGCUAACCUCCGCUGUCACCUCUGUCCCGUCUCGGCACUUUAGUGGAGACAAAAGACAAAAACCGGUGCUAACUCAUUCAGCCAUCUUCACUGUUUUCCAGCUGAACCGUGGAUGUGAAACUCUCUUUGUUGUCAGGAGUGGAAUGAAGUGUCUUAAUACUCUUUAGUUGAAAUUAGGAGUAUUGUAUUCAACUAACUAUUCAAAGAUCUAGCUAUGAGUUUACUGAGACCUGUGGUAUAGAAAGUAUAUAGAAAUAAUGACUUGCUAAUGUACAUUUGCAUAUAUUGAUCCACAUGAGAUGUAUAUAUCUAUAUUUUUUUUCCAUUUGAUUUAAAUUGUGUAAUAUCAGAUUAUUGAAAUGUCCCCAGGAUUGGGUUAGUUUACUAUUACAGAGUUAUGUUUCCUGUCAAGUGAUUUGAAAUGUGUUUAAUCAACAUUAGUUUGCUUGAACUCUCUGUCCCAGAGCAUGACAAGAAGCUUUACGACACCGGUUUUGUUACAUCCUCCUCUUUAUACCUCCCCCUGCUUAUUAAACAGAUUCCCUGCUUUUGUUCUCCCCCGAAUCCUGCUCAAUUCGAAGUAUUACGCUCUGUACGGUUCCCCCCACAAUGUCAACAUUGCUGCUAUUACAGUAAAGAUGUCCCCUACAAUCACGAUGAGUAGCGGAACGGGUUGCACUUUUCCUUUAGAGAGGGUGUAAUUGUGUGCAAGGUUUGGUCUUUGUAUUUGGAAAUGUUGAGCUUUUUAUUUUGGUAAUUAAAGAUUGUAAUUAAAGUCUGUUUUUGUAUAAUCAUG